AUGGCCAUAACCGGAACAUGCUCGCGGUUGAUCGGAGACGUGCUCCAUGCAUUUGGAAGCUCAAGACCGCCGAGCGCCGCCGCCGCCCAUCACGACCAUGAUCGACAAAGUGGUCGCAAAGUGGACGACUCAAUGGUUCGGGCUCUAAUCACUGUGUUCGGCAUGGAAAACGACGGGAGGAUCAAGAAGGAGAAGGUGCGGGGAGUGGCGGAGAAGCUUGGUUUUGAGGUGGACGAUGAAGGUGAUGGUGAUGGUGAUGAGGUGGCAGUGGAGGAGGUGCUUGGGGGAAUGGAGGAGGUGGGGAAGAGGAAGGAGCUGCUGCAUGAAGCGUUCAAGAUAUUUGACGAGGAUGGUGAUGGGUAUAUAGAAGCGGUGGAGUUGAAGAGGGUGCUGGAUUGCUUGGGAUUGGACGGCGGAUGGGAGAUGGGUGAGAUUGAGAAGAUGGUGAGAGUUGUGGAUUUGAACUUCGACGGCAAGGUCGAUUUCGGCGAGUUCCAAUUGAUGAUGAUGAACUAA